AGGACUGUCGAGGGGCACGGCUGGUACCGCACGCUCACGCUCCGCCCUCGUGUGCCGCAGGCAGUGCAGAGUGACCGCCGGCUGUCGGCGACAUGGCGCCCUCGUCUGGCGCCCGGCGGCGGCGCCUCCGGCUGGCGCCCCUGCUGCUGCCGGCCGCCCUGUGUCUGCUGACGUCCGGUCUGGCCGCCGCCGCCAGCGGCAGGCCGGAGCCACGGUUCAGCUUUACCAGCGCCCUCUACAACGCCUCCAUCUACGAGAACAACGUGGGCAAGGAGUACGUGGUGAGCGCCGGCCCGAUGGGUGUCCGGCUGCGGCCCGAGCUGGCCGGCGCCGACAUCCGCUACAAGAUCGUCGGCGGCGACCCGGACGGCUUCUUCAAGGCGCAGCAGCAGACGGUCGGUGACUUCUGCUUCCUGCGCGUGCGCACACGCACCGGGCACGCGGACGUGCUGAACCGCGAGCGGCAGGCCGAGUUUCGCCUGAAGGUGCGCGCGGUGGAGCGCGGCCGACGCCGCUACGGCCGGUCGCCGGCCUUCGCCGAGGUGCGCGUGCGCGUGCUGGACAGGAACGACCUGAACCCGUGGUUCGACGCGGCCGAGUACGACGUGGAGGUGGCCGAGGACCUGCCGGUGCACGGCCUGGUGACGCAGCUGCAUGCCGACGACGCCGACGAGGGCAUCAACGGCCAGGUGUACUACAGCCUGCUGGAGUCGGAGCCGCACUUCGCCAUCGAGCCCAGCUCUGGCCGCGUGACGCUGGCGCGCCGGCUCAGCCACCGGCAGCGGCCCGAGUUCCAGCUGACGGCCGUGGCUCGUGACCGCGGCCUCAACGACAUGGACGUGCCGGGCCUGGCACGGCUGCGCGUGCGCGUGCGGCCCGUCAACCUGUUUGACCCGGUGAUGCACGUGACGCACCUGGCCGAGGUGGUUGAACACUCCAGCAUGGACGUAUACGCCAUCGUGCACGUCAUCGACCGCGACGAGGGCGUGCACGGCCAGGUGGCGGGCGUGCGCAUCGUGGACGGCGACCCGGAGCGGCGGUUCCGCGUGCUGUCCGGCACGACCGCCGGCGAGUUCCUGGUGGGCGUGGCCGACCCGCUGGACCGCGAGAGCGCGCCCUACGGCUUCAACCUGACGCUGAACGCCACCGACCGCGGUACGCCACCGCGCUCUUCAUUCCUGUCGGUGCGCGUGCGCGUGAUGGACUUCAACGACCACGCGCCGGCGUUCACGCGCGAGGUGUACGACGUGACGGUGCGCGAGACGGCGCUGGCGCACACGGCCCUGGUGCGGCUGCGCGCCAGCGACUCUGACCAUGGCGUCAACGCCCAGGUGCGCUACGCCAUAGCGGCCGGCAACGAGGGCGGCGAGUUCGCCAUCAACGCCGCCACCGGCCUGCUGUGGCUGGCGCGGCCGCUGGACGCCGAGACGAAGGCGUUCUACGCGCUGACGGUGUCGGCGCUGGACCAAGGCCACGGCGGCCGGCAGCGCCAGGGCUCAGCCCGUGUCACCGUCACCGUGCUCGACGAGAACGACAACGCGCCGCGCUUCGGCACGCCCAACACGCAGGCAGCCGUGGACGAGAACGAGCCGGCCGAGCACUACGUGACGCGCGUGACGGCCGAGGACGCCGACCAGAGCGAGAACGCCUUCCUCUCGUACUCGAUCGCCAACACGGAGCCGGUGCCGUUCGUCAUCAACCACUUUGACGGCACCAUCACCACUUCGGAGAUGCUCGACUACGAGACGCAGCGGCGCCAGUACGUGCUGCGCGUGCGCGUCUCCGAUUGGGGCAAGCCGUACCGCUGGCAGACGGAGACGACGGUGACGGUGCGCCUGCGCAACGUCAACGACAACCGGCCGCAGUUCGAAAAGGUCGACUGCCACGGCCGGCUGUCGCGGCGCGCCGCCGUCGGCACCGAGAUCAUGGUGCUGUCAGCCAUCGACUUCGACGAGGGCGCCGUGGUCAGCUACCGGCUGGUGUCGGGCAACGAGGACGGCUGCUUCCGGCUGGACGAGCGGCUGGGCUCGCUGCGGGUCAACUGCGACCUGGCUGACCUGGCCAGCGACGAGCGGCGGCUAGGCGUGAUGGCCAACGACGGCCAGCACUUCUCGGACGAGACGCGGUUGCGGCUGCAGCUGGUGGGCAGCGGCGAGCGGCCGCUCGGCGGCGCCAGCGUGCGGCUUGAGUGCAAGGACACGGGCGUGGCCGGCCGCUACCGCCGGCUGCUGGCCACGGCCGAGCAGAACAACCGGCCGCGCGACCCGUUCACGGUGGUGUCGUCCAGCCGGUACGGCACCAACUACCACCGACCGCAGCUGUCUGCCGAGCCGGCCGGCGAGCUGGAGGUGAGCGAGGCGGCGCCGCUCGGCGCCCACCUCACCACCGUCAUCGGCCACGACAAGGACCUCGGCUUCAACGGCCUGCUGGUGUUCGCCAUCGCCGACGGCGACGACGACUCGGCGUUCAGCAUCGACAUGGACGGCGGUAACGUAAGCGUGGCCUGCCGGCUGGACCGCGAGCGCACCGCCCUCUACCGGCUGAACGUGACGGCGUGCGACCGCGGCCGGCCGCAGCUCUGCGCCAGCCUCAUGCUCGUCGUGCACGUGCUGGAUGUUAACGACAACGCGCCGCGCCUUGAGCGCUCGUCGUUCACGUUCUUCUACCCGGAGACGCGGCCGGCCGGCCAGCCGGUGGUGCGCCUGAACGCCUCGGACCCGGACGAGGGAGCCAACGGGCGCGUCUCGUUCAAGCUGUUGACGGACACGGCCGACUUCGCCGUGGACCAGCACACCGGCCUGGUGAGCCAGGUGCGUGCGCUGGACCGCGAGCGCCAGAGCAGCUACCGGCUGCGCGUGGCCGCCCGCGACGGCUCGGCCUCGCGGCCACUCGUCUCGCACGCCGUCGUGCACGUGGACGUGCUGGACGUGAACGACAACGCGCCGCGCUUCUCGCGGCCGCUGUACCAGGUGCGCGCCAGCGAGGACCUGCCGGUGGGCGCCGUGCUGGUGACGCUGGACGCCGUGGACCCGGACCGGCCGGGCGCUGCCGAGCCCGUCUCGUACCAGGUGACGGCCGGCGGCCACGGCCGGUUCGGUGUGGACCGCAGGUCUGGUGCCGUCCGCCUGCUGGAGCCGCUCGACUUCGAGCAGCGCCAGAUCUACAACGUGACGGUGGAGGCGCGCGACGACGGCUCGCCGCCGCUAUCGGCUGUCGCCUACCUGGUCGUCCAGGUGGUGGAUGUCAACGAGAACUACUUUGCGCCGUCGUUCGGCGGCGCCGUGGCGGUGCGCGGCUCUGUGCUGGAGGGCCGGCCGUCGGGCACGUUCGUGCUGGCCGUGCGCGCCACCGACGCCGACCCGGCCGGCCCCAACUCCGACCUGACCUACUCGAUCCGCGGCGGCAGCGGCGUCGGACACUUCUCCAUCAACGAAACAGGCAUCUACACGAGGGACGUGCUGGACCGGGAGACCCAGUCCAGCUACUGGCUGACCGUGUACGCCAAGGACUCCGGCGCCGUCCCGCUGUCGGCGCGACUGGAGGUCUACAUAGAGGUGGAGGACGAGAACGACAACUACCCGCUGACGUCUGAGCCGGUGUACCGGGCCGAGGUGUUGGAGAACUCCGCCCCGGGCACGCGGGUCACCAGGGUCACGGCCUCAGACCGGGACGGGGCCGGCCCACUGCGCUACCGCAUAGCCGGCGGUAACCCGCAGAGUCUCUUCAGCAUGGACCCGGACACAGGCGUGAUCACCACCACCGAGCGCGUGCUGGACCGUGAGACCCGCGACGCCUUCACGCUCGAGGUGACGGUGUCGGACUGGGGAGCACCGGCCCUGACCUCCACGGCCCGGGUCAUGGUCACCGUGCUAGACGAGAACGACUCACCGCCGGUGUUCUCUGAGCGGCUCUACCGGGUCCAGGUGCCGCUGGGACCGGCGCUCAGUCGACCCAACGCCUCCAUCUUCCAGGUGAUUGCGCACGACGAGGACGCCGGUGUGAACUCCGAGCUGCGCUACUCGAUCGUGUCGACGGACGGCCUGCGUCUGACCAUCGAGCCGCGGCUGGGCCAGCUGCGGCUGCCGACGGACGGGGCGCCCAUCGCCGCCGGCAAACACCAGCUGACCGUGCGGGCGACGGACGGCGGCAAGCCGGUGCGCUCGUCGGUGGCGCGGGUGCUGCUCACCGUGCUGGAGGAGGGGCCGCCGCCGCCCCACCCGCCCCGGGUGGACCUGCCUGAACGGGCCGUCCAGGUGUUCGAGACGGACCCGGUCGGUCACCUCGUCAUCCUGGCCACUGCCAACGCCACGCUGCUCUUCAGUAUUGCAGGCGGCAACACCGGAGGCAGCUUCAGCGUCAACAGCCAGGGCGGCAUCGUGAUCGCCCGCCCGCUGGACUGGGAGACCACGGCCGAGUACACGCUGAACGUCUCCGCCACGGACGGACACCACGUGGUCUUCACGCCGCUGCGGAUCACAGUGCUAGACGUGAACGACCGGGAUCCGGCGUUCGAGCGCGCCCUGUACGCCGUGAACGUGUCGGAGGCGGCCGAGCCGGGUGACCGGCUAUUGACAGUGAGCGCCGCCGACCCGGACGGCGAGGCGCUGCUCUACUACGGACUGGAGGCGGCGCAGAGCGACCGCUCUCUCCGUCUGUUCAGCAUCGACCCCAUGACCGGCCAGGUCACCGUGGCCGGACGACUGGACAGGGAGACGGAGCACGAGCACGUGCUGACGGUGUCGGUGCGGGACCAGGGCACGCCGGCGCGCCGCGACUACGCCCGCCUGCUGGUGCACGUGCGGGACGAGAACGACCACCGUCCGCAGUUCCUCAGCGACCUGGUGGUGGGCCAGGUGCACGAGACGGCGCCGGUCGGCUGGCAAGUGGUCACCGUGCUGGCCACCGACCGCGACCAUGGCCAGAACGCCCGCAUCACCUACUCCAUACUGUCAGGUAACGUGGACAACGCGUUCGCGGUGGACUCGGUGCUGGGUACCAUCUCGGUGGCCAUCGGGCUGGACCAGCGGCGCGCCAGCGAGUACAUCCUAACGGUGCGCGCCAGCGACGCCGGCCGGCCGCCGCUGCACGGCGACGUCCACGUCAACGUACUCGUCACGCUGCCCGACAACGCGCCGCCCCGCUUCGAGAAGGCAGAGUACGGCGCUGAGGUGGAGGAGGACAGGCCUCCGGGCUCCCACGUGCUGGACGUGGUGGCCCACUGUCGGACUUCAGUGACCUACCGUCUGGUGGGAGGCAAUGAGGACGGCUCGUUCCUGCUGAACCCUGGCGCCGGGGUGCUCACCGUCAGCGAGAGACUCGACUACGAGCGCCGCACCUGGUACAACCUGUCCAUACAAGCCGUCAGCAUGGUGGGCGAGGUGGCCCACAUGAACGUCAUCAUACCAUAACCUCUAACUGACCCCGGCUGACCUGUGCACCGUCCCCUCCAGGUGGGCGAGG